UGUUAAUCUAGAUUUUAGGUGAUUUUAUGACUUGUUUACAUUGAAUUUAAACUUGUUUUAAUCACUUUUAUCAGGUUAGCCUUAACCUGAAUAUGAAAUUUAUAAUUUUUAAAUUAAAAAUGUAACUUUAUAGUUAAAUAUAAAGAACAGUUAUGCUUUAUUUCUUUUUGAAUGAGAAUAGGCUUAAUUUUCCAAUGUUUUAUGUGUGAAAGUGGUAUUUCAGUUUUCUGUGUUUGGAGUUGCCACUUGUAACUAAUGAGAUUGUGAUCCUAAGCUUAAGUCUGAUGAUGUUGAUUUGGUAACACUGUAAAAUCUGCUGUGUAAAGUUUAUGUGUCUUUACUGAAAUUUUUGCAUGAUAUUUAAAAUAAACAUGACAACACCAAGAUAUGGUGGUGGACACCAGUAUCAACCAAGAUGCAAUGUAGUUUGUGCCGGACCACCAAGAAACCCCGGAAGUAUCAGAAACUUCUUUCCUUCGGCAUCUCCUCAAGUUCAGCCAACACUUUCAAGGCCACCACUUAACCCAGACCAAUACACGUUAAACCCAGGAGCUGUAUCCAAUCAGUCAGGUUUUCCAUCCCCAGCAUUGCCACCUUUCCAGAGCCAUGAUGAGAUUAUUCAUGAUUAUGGUCAGCAGAUUCCUGUAGUUGGAACUCGGUGGAUGCAAUCGAAAACAUAUCACUCAAGUUACUUUUAUAACUCACAGAAAGUAAGUAAUACAAAUCUUCUGUCAAGUGUGCAGUCUUACCAGAGACCAGUUUCUACCCAGCAUAUAGAAUUUACAGGCCAGAAUGUAUCUCCACAGACUCCGGCUGUAAAAUCUCAAGAUUUUUCUUCAGUUCCUGGUCAUUACAGCUGUCAGUCACUGAAUGUACUUCCACCACCUUGGUCAGUAGAAUCUGAUAAAUAUGUUCAGGAAAAUACCGACCACCUUUCACAGUCUUACGAGUGUAGAGUUUCGUGGUCUGUUAAUGAGAACAAUAGGCAGGUAAAUGCUUCAUCUAGGAUAUUAAAUCAAAGUUGCUCGCCAUAUCCUUCAUCUUAUAAAGACUGUAAUCAGGAAGCGGAAAUGGCUGACUUUAAAGGAGUACAACUUAUAAGUAACAGUCAUUCUCGCCCUUUUAACAGAAAUCCUGUAAGACAAAGAGAGCCAACUUGGGUAACUUCAUCAAGCAGUAGCACAUCUAACAGCCAGAAGUAUAGUGAACCAUCAGAAGCUAAAACGUUGCACAGAAGUGACACAAACACCUUUAUCAAAACUGCACAACAUGAUAACAGUAAAUCCCUUAGGAACUUAGAUUCAGAAAAUAGAAAAAGAAGAGAGGACUUGAAACAUUAUACUAAAUAUGAAAGUCAGUUUAAUAGAAGUGAUGAAAGCUCAUCUUAUAAGCAAAGGGAAAAAAGGAGGUAUUCUAGUAGAAGUCAUACUAAGGAAUUGCAUGAUGUCAAACACAGUAGAACAACAUAUGAAAGAAGUAGUAAAGACAGAAGGUCUGACAGAAGUCAUUCAUCUGGGCGAGAGUACAACAGAUCAAAGAGAACAUUAGCAACACAAAGUUAUUGUUAUCGCCAAUCAGGAAGAGACCAUGGUUGGGAAAAUAAAGCAUUAGAUUAUAGUGAUACUAAUUCUGAAAGUUGGAAAUCAAAUGGUAAAACUCAUUUAAUGACAAAAAGAAGAAGUGUAAGUGAGAAAAGAGUGAAAAGUUUAAGUCCAGAAAUUAAACACCAUAGUAAAGAUUACAAAUACUUUAACCCAUUGAAAAGACCAAAAAUCAAAAAUGAUGAUACAAAAGACCAAGAGUAUUCAUGUUCCAGUAAUGAGUUUUCAAAUGAUGAAAGAACUGGUGACGAAAGUGAAAUAGAUCAAACAUCAUGGCUUAGGUGCUCACCAGCUGAUUUAUACUAUCAGAGAAACAUUCAGAGUUCUUGUAUGUAUGGAACUGAAAAGUUGAAAAUUCUUCAUAAUACUUUUCGAUCAGAACUUGUAGAACGAACAGACAGGAUCAAGGUUAAUAAACCAAAAUAUGAAGCUCCACCAAGGAAAACAAAAAUUUAUCAUCUGACUAAAGAAAAAUCAGAAUCUUGCAGCAGUAGCAGCAAUGAAGAGUGUGAAAGUGAAGAAGAAGAAGAAGAAGAGAAUCCCUUGAAGGAACUUGAAAGAAAGAAACUUCAUCCUGAUCGACUUCAUGAAGAGCUUUGGUACAAUGACCCAGGAGAAAUGAAUGAUGGACCAUUGUGCCGAUGUAGUGCAAAGGCUCAACGUUCAGGUAUUCGACAUGGAAUUUAUUCUGGAGAGGCUCUUCUUCCAUCUUGUGAUCCAAAUAGCAACAAUUCAUCUAGACUUCAUCACUAUUUAGUCACAAUGUCUCCUCACACUAACUUUUUAACAAAGUGUCCCACAUUAAUUAAACAUGAUGGUCAUGAAUUUAUAUUUGAAGGAUUUUCUAUGUUUUCUCACGAACCUUUGGGAAAUAUACCAACUUGCAGAGUUAUACGUUUUAAUAUUGAGUACACUGUGGUAUAUUUAGAAGAAAAAUUUCCAGAACAUUUUACUGUAGAAGGAUUAGAACUUUUUUCAAAGUACCUUUUCGAAGGGAUUCUGGAGUUAGUGGACUUAAAUUGGAAAGCACAUGGUGAUCCUGAGGGAUGUCCCAGAUUUCAUUUUAUGCCCCGCUUUGCACGUGCUCUUGAAGAUAGUGGAAAGGAACUAUUGUCAAUGAAUGUGGUUUUGCAAUAUCUUUUGACAAGCAACAUACCAUUGGUUGAAGAAACACAACUUAAAAAAAUAGUUCAGAUUAGCCAGUAUGAUUGGCAAGAUAUUGCAGAUGAAGUAAAAGGGAUGAUUGUAACUUGUCCAGGCAAAAAACCAUGUUCUCUUCGUGUUGAUCAGCUUGAUCGAGAAAUAUGUGACCCAGAUAAAGGUAUUUUUCCUGAAGUUGUUCAUUUUGGUAUGAGACCACCUCAACUGUGUUAUGCCGGUAAUCCCACUUAUCAAAAAGCUUGGCGAGAUUAUGUUAAAUUUCGCCAUUUAUUAGCUAAUAAGCCCAAGAUAUCAUAUGCUGAUCGUCAUAAACUCCUUCAGAAAGAAAUGAGAUUGCAAGAGAUGAGAAUGAAAAGUGACUUAAAAAGAGAUGUUACUGUUGUUGUCAGUAGCAAAAACUUUUAUAGAACUGGUAUUAUGUGUGAUAUUGUGCAACAUGCAAUGUUACUCCCAGUGCUUGUGUGUCAUCUCCGAUUCCAUUUGUCCUUAAGUUUACUGGAAAAAGAGAUAGGUCAUCAAUUUAAGAACCGUUUUCUUCUGCAGCUGGCACUCACUCAUCCGUCAUAUCGCGAAAAUUUUGGCACUAACCCUGAUCAUGCAAGAAAUUCCCUGACAAAUUGCGGCAUCCGACAACCAGAAUAUGGUGAUAGAAGAAUUCAUUAUGUGAAUACUAGAAAACGAGGAAUAAACACAUUAAUCAAUAUUAUGUCUCGUUUUGGUCAACGUGAAGAAACAACAUCCAACAUAAACCAUAAUGAAAGGCUCGAAUUUUUGGGAGAUGCUGUUGUUGAGUUUCUUUCUAGCAUUCAUCUAUUUUACAUGUUUCCUGAUCUGGAAGAAGGUGGACUUGCUACAUACAGGGCUGCUGUUGUUCAGAACCAGCAUCUUGCUGUUUUGGCCAAGAAGCUUCAACUGGAGAAGUACAUGCUUUAUGCACAUGGAUCAGAUCUCUGCCAUGAUCUUGAGUUAAGACAUGCUAUGGCUAAUUGCUUUGAAGCUUUAAUGGGAGCAUUAUUUCUUGAUGGAAAUAUUGAAGUGGCUGACAGAGUCUUUUCUCGAACUCUUUUCAGUGAGCCUGAAUUGAUGGAUGUGUGGGUAAACUAUCCACCUCAUCCAUUACAGGAGCAGGAACCUGAAGGGGACCGUCAGUGGAUAGAGUCUGUACCUCUUCUGACAAAACUGCAUGAGUUUGAAAAAUCUACAGGAAUUGAAUUCACACACAUCCGUUUACUUGCUAGAGCUUUUACUCAUCGUAGUGUUGGAUAUAACAAUCUAACUCUUGGAUCCAACCAGCGAUUGGAGUUCUUAGGAGACACCGUUUUGCAAUUAGUUGCCUCAGAAUACUUGUACAAGUACUUUCCAGAACAUCAUGAAGGGCAUCUCUCUUUGCUUCGGAGUUCCUUAGUAAAUAAUCGGACUCAGUCAGUAGUGUGUGAUGACCUUGGCAUGGUAGAAUUUGCUAUUUAUCCAUAUCCCAAAGGUGAACUUAAAACUAAAGACCGAGCCGAUCUUUUAGAGGCUUUCCUUGGUGCUCUGUAUGUUGACAAAGGACUCAAGUAUUGUCGUUAUUUUUGCCAGGUUUGUUUUUUUCCACGUCUUCAGGAUUUUAUCAUGAAUCAGGACUGGAAUGAUCCUAAGUCUAAACUUCAGCAAUGCUGUUUAACCCUCAGGUCCAUGGAUGGUGGAGAGCCAGAUAUUCCUGUAUAUAAAGUUGUAGAGUGUAAAGGCCCAACUAACACAAGAGUUUAUACUGUUGCUGUUUACUUUAGAGGCCAACGACUUGCAACAGGAACAGGUCAUAGUAUCCAACAAGCUGAGAUGGCAGCAGCUCACAAUGCUCUGAAAGCAUCAAAAAAUCUGUUCCCACAACUUAGUCAUCAACGCAGAGUCAUAGAACAGACAAAAAAGCAUGACUCCUCUAAAAAGAAAAGAAAAAAGUGAAAAGAUAUACAUCUAAGAAAAUAAUCUGUUUUGUAAUCCUUUAUGUAAGCUUGUUCUAGAUAUGUCUUUAUUUUUUACAGAAAUUAAUAAAUUUGAAAAUCCUAUGUUUUUUACUGAUACCAUUAGAAUUAUGCUAUUUCUUCUUAUUAUAAGUACUUUGUGAGUUAGGUUUACAUAUUUUUCAUAGAAUAGACCAAACAGAAUUUUUUUUUUAUUUGAAAUAGUUUGCACUGAACAAAAAAAUGUCAUUAACUUUAUGAAAAAUUGAUUGAAAAAGUAGUAAUACAUAUACACUCUGGUAUGAGUGGUAGUGCUGUUAGUUAAGACAUAAUAUACAUUAGUUUUCAAAAGAUUAGAUAUUUGGUUAAAACAUCUAAAUAUUUUUACUUGCUGAACAUCAGAUGAGUUUGAAUUAAACAUUCGGUAUUUUUAAUCUCAUAUGCUUUUAGUCUUUGUCUUACAAAUUACUGGAAGGUUUAGUUUUUACUAAUUAAUAAUAAUAAGAAGAAAAUACAGGCAAGUAUGUAAUGUGAUUAUAAUGUUCAAUAUUGUUUAAAGUCAGUGCUCAUGUUUUUCUUGUUCAGGCCAGGAGUGGGAAUAUUCAUUGAAAGAUUAAGUUUAUCAAGAUAUGGAUGACCUUUCAUAUACAAUGCACCAAGUGUUAUAUUUAUGAGAAAGCACUUUGAAUGGCUAUUCUGAUUGUGUAAUUUAAAUAUUAAAUGGCAAUAUUGCAGCUCUAAAGAUUAAGUGGAACAUGAUUUGGUAAGAAAGAAAAUUUGAAACCGUAACUCAAUUGUUGUAAAGAUAUAAAAUUAAGCUGUUGAAUGUUUUCUGAUGUUUUUUACAGUUUAAUUAUGAACUGAUGAUUUUUUUAUGUUGACAAAAUCAUUUGAGAACUCUUUAAGUAAAAUGUUUGUAUUUUUUUGUAAUAAUAAAGAUGCUGAUUUCUUGUUUAAUGCAAGAAUAGAAAAAAUACCAAUUUAUUACAGAGCAGGAACACACCCUGGAAAGUUUAUUUUUUACCUAUUUAUGGACAAGAUGUGUAUUUUUUGGGAUAUAACUUCCCCUUUUUUAUUUUUUCUGAAAGAAAAUAGUACAUAGUGUUUGAGAAGUUUCUUUAUUAAUACCAUAAGAAUAUAUACACUACUCUCUUGAUGUACAGUUGUCUUGUUUUUGCUUUUCUUAUGCUUUUGCUUUGAAAGACCACAUAAUAAUUUCUAAAAAAAGUAUGCCCAUUGUUUACUCAAAACUAGAAGUUACUUAUUAAACCUUAUGAUUGAUAGGACCAAAACUUGUAUUAGCCACAUACAAAUAAAGACAAUGUUUGACGUA